AUGACGUCCGAUGUCCGCGACGUGCUCAAUCUGCCCGAGGGCGGCGCCGGGCCGCGACCGUCCAAGAAGCAAAAGGUGGCGGCCCCGAAGCCGAACCUCAAGGGCCUGGCACGCGAGGUGCACCUCCUCGGCGGCGACAACCCCAUCGCCAUCGUCCCUGAACCCACGCAGUUCAAGAAGCGGCGCUUGGCCAGCCGCAAGCCAGCGGCGCGAUGGGACAUGCGGCCCUUCCGGAACACUGGCCGCGAGGACCAAAGCCUGAUACUGCACCACUGGAAGCGGCAGGAGACCAAGGAAGACGGCGAGGGCGUGGCGCAGGAGAGCGCCGAGACGACGGACGAGAUGGAGGACUCGACGUUUUCCAAGUACAGCGUUCGUGUCUCGGUGCCUCAGUACAGCGAUGACCAGUAUCGGCAGCACCUGCAGAGCGCCGAAUGGUCCAAGGAGGAGACGGACUACCUGAUGGGCUUGGUGCAGGACCUCGACAUCCGGUGGCCCCUCGUCUGGGACCGAUACGAGUGGAGCCCGCCCGCGACCAACGGCGAAGCGAAUGCGGACGGCGACGAGAGUAAGGCUGUUGUGCCGGCUGCGUGCUCGCGGUCGAUGGAGGAUCUCAAAGCUCGCUAUUACGAAGUGGCCUCGAAGAUGAUGGCUGCACAGAAGCCCGUCCAGUACAUGAGCCAGUCCGAGUUUGCGCUCCACGAGAUGAUGGCGCACUUUAACCCCCAACAGGAAAAAGCCCGCAAGGACUUUGCCAUGAACUCGCUGUCACGGUCCCGCGACGAGACGCGCGAGGAAGAAUCCUUGCUGCUCGAGAUCAAGCGAAUCCUCGCGAGGAGCGAGCGAUUCAAUGAAGAGCGGAGGGAACUCUACAACCGCCUGGACUAUCCUCGCGCCGAGACGGACAUUGGCUCCUUCAAGUCAUCGUCUGGCCUGCAGACUCUCCUGCAAAACCUGAUGAGCGCCGACAAGUCUAAGAAGCGCAAGUCCAUCAUGGGCACCGACGGCGUGAGCCCAGGGGCCCCAACCGGGCCGCAGCCCGCCACUCAAGAUUCUGGCAAACGAGACAGCAUCGCCACGGCCUCGGCCAGCGCCCAUCGUGAUUCCAUAGGAGCCGCCGCUACGCCAAUGGGGGGGAGUAAGAAGGCUCAACAGCAACCGCCGUCUCAGCAACAGCAGCAACAGCAACAACAGCCGAACCUGCCACAGCAGCAGCAGCAAGAGCGACGCAAACUCAACGAACACGAGGAAGCCAUCUACGGUGUUACGCGCUUUGACCGGCUGGGCUCUGGGCCGACGUUCCGGACGGAAAAGAUCAACAAGCUCUUCUCGCACAAGUCGAAUCAGCAGCAGAUGCGUAUUAACAAUACGCUCAACGAGCUUGAUGUUCCAAGCAAGCUGGCCAUGGCCACGGCGGCAACGACGCAGCAAUAUGAGCAACUCCUCGUGGCAGUGAAUGGCCUUCUCGAGGCCCGCAAGCUCUCAGACAAGUUCGACGCCGAGAUCAAGCUGGAGCGGACGAAGAAGGCGGAGCGGGAAAGGGCAUUGGCACCACCUGAGCCGGAGAAGGAAACGCAGAACGGCGAAACCAAGGGGGAGACUAAUGGAGACGAUGCUGGCGGAGGCGGCGACGGUGGUGUUGCCGACGAAGCCAAGACGGCUCGCGAUGCGGCCCAGAAGGAUGAGGGAGAAUGGAGGCCGACUGCGCCCGCCGAAGGUGACGGCGACAAUGACGGCAGUGAAAAGAAGGCUCAGACGGAUGGCAACGAGGGCGCAGAGGAACAGGUCCGGGAUGCCACGGACAGGGAAAAAGGGGCGGGGCCCGGAAUCGCGCACAAGCGCAGCGCGAGUGUCUUGAGCACCAUGAGCGACAAAAGCGCCAAGCGGCAGAAGAAGUAG